UCUCAGGACUCUUCUAAACACUUCUCUGCACUUCAUCUCCUCGGUGAACACGGUUUAUCUCCAUCACAGAAAGAUGUCUUGCUCCAGCCUGUCCUAUCCAGAAUGUGGGGUGGCCCGUCCAAGUCCAGUUUCUGGCAGCUGCAAUGAGCCGUGCGUUAGGCAGUGCCCUGACUCUGAAGUGGUCAUCAGACCAUCACCGGUUGUCGUGACCCUCCCAGGACCAAUUCUCAGCACUUUCCCACAGCAUAGUGGCGUGGGAGCCGUAGGAGCACCUGUGGUCGGAGCUGGCUACGGGGGCUCAUUCGGUUUGGGGGGACUGUAUGGCUCUGGAGGCUAUUAUGGAGGAUUGUAUGGUUUAGGGGGAUUCGGUGGUUAUGGGGGCCUUUACGGUUAUGGGGGAUUGGGUGGUUAUGGGGGACUGUGUGGUUAUGGGGGAGGUUACGGUUAUGGGGGAUUAGGUGGUUAUGGGGGAUUGGGUAGAUAUGGGGGAUUGUGUGGUUAUGGGGGAGGUUAUGGGGGACUGUGUGGUUACGGGGGAGGUUACGGUUAUGGGGGAUUAGGUGGUUAUGGGGGAUUAUGCGGUUAUGGGGGAUAUGGCCGUAGGUAUCGCAGUGGAUACUGUGGGCCAUGUUAAUCCCAACAGGAAUAUCCAUGAAAUAAAGUAGAAUAGGCCCUACAUGUUCUAUCCUUUCCACCAAUAUGUAUUGUAAGCAUCUCACUUUGAAUUAUGCUACGGCAGAUAGGUAAUGGAGAACCUGCCUAGUCCUCUGCCUCUAUUAUGCUGUGUUUUAUUUCCUACCAACUGGUGUAAAACAAGGACCUUAAAAAGGUUCUGCUCUGUAUUAUUUCUUCCUGUAACUUUGUACUGCAAAUUUCAUUCGCAUUAAAAACUAUGCUGCAUCAUCA